GCGAUUCUGAAUAGUGAAGGACAAAUUCUAUGAUGGAAAACACCACAGAGAUCUGUAUAUGCUGAUCGGCCUUUUCUUUUCCCUUUUCUGUCUCGUCCCAUUCUAGCAUAGAGUCCUCUUUUGAUUUCUGUCUCUCUGCCUUUACCCCUGUGGUCCAUCCAAUCCGAUAUACGAACCAGCCGCAGAUCGACGUGGUAGAUGUAUCCUUCCAUGACAAGCUGCACGUCAAACCACCAUGUCAUCGUCCCACGCCGGCAUCGGGAAAUGGGGCGAGGUGCUCACGAUUGUUCCUAUCGUGGCCGCCGGAUUUGCAACCAUAGUUUAUCUUCUUCGUCUCUAUAGUCGUCGCCUUGGCGGGACUGGUCUCGCGACGGAGGAUUUCCUGAUGGGCAUCGGGCUUUUGCUUUCAUAUGGCGCUACAGUAUUUGUCGUUUACACUGCUUUCAACGGGGUUGGAAUGCCCAGCUCCAGUCUUCCUAAAUGGAAAGAGACAAACUUGCGAUUCGGUUCAUGGAUGAUCCAAAAAUUCUGGGCCCCGAGCAUGGCUUUCAUCAAAAUAUCGAUCGUAGUGUUCCUUCAGCGCAUCAUGGGACCCAUCGGCAUCUUUCGAAACAUUUGCACGGCUCUUAUCGUUUUCAUCGUCGCAUGGGCCGUAACUGCUCUGAUGGGGAACAUCUUCCAAUGUUGGCCGGUCACCUAUUAUUAUAAGCCUUAUGGAAAGGGACAUUGUAUGAGCCAUCAGACCUCAUUCUUUGAGACGAUGGGUGCACUAUCGCUGAUUGUGGAUGUGUGUAUUCUGUGCCUUCCAAUGCCAUGGGUUCUGCGAUUGCACGUUGAUUUGAAAAAGAAAAUUGCCGUCGUUUGUAUUUUUUCGAUGGGAGCGCUUGUCUGCAUUUUCAGUCUUCUUCGACUCGUGCAAUUUCGAUAUUUUCUAACAACCAAUUUAGCCUCAUCCAGCGCUCUUGAAUCCAUCUGGACGAUUCUUGAAAUGGACAUGGCCGUAAUCUGCGGCUGCAUGCCCUUACUCACCCCUCUAUUCCGGAAAUGUGUUGACCGUGUCCGCACUACGACAUCCAAAUCCACUCCUCACUCUAAUUCCCAUUCCGCAUCUAGAUUAUAUGCUCGGUCAGGAUCAAAUCCAUCUCCACACUGGGCAAAAUUCGAAAGACUCGGUGGCGUCGACUCAAAAACACCCCCGCAUUCUGAGGCUAGUGGUAGCAGAAACAGACAGGAUCCGUUAUCAAGGCAAGGCCAUAAUGGUGAUGAGUUGGAUGACGAUUCGUCGAUUGAGUUACAAGGUAUUGCGGUGCACACUGUCGUUUCGCUGUCAGUUGAGAGUCACAAGUCCGCCAAAGAUCUUUUGGAGAAAGGCUCGGCAGUAGAGCCAGCUAAGUAGUAAGGUGGAUGCUAGUCUAUAUUCUCCUAUAGGAUGAUACAACAUCCCCAGAAGUCGUCACAGCAAUAACCGUCAUACUUUUG